AUGUCGUCCGACGCGAACUACGGAUCGAAGCGAAGCAGUGCCAACGGCAACUCUCAGGCCACCAUGCCCGCUCACGCUGCCGCAAGCAUUCCCGCCCACUACCUGGCGACUCAGGUGGCACCCCAUCACGAGCUCAUGGCCAACAUGUCUGGCAUCCACACUCAGGGCCCUGUUGAUGCUGGCAUGAAUGCAGUCGUCAACCAGUUCGGCGGACUUGGUAUCAACGGUGCUGCUGUCGGUCAUCAUGGUGCGAUGCCCGGAAUGGCCAGUCCUUACAUGACCAUGCCGGAUGGUCAGCUUGUCUACGGCGGUUACGCUCCCGCUGGAGCUCACCCUUUCGCCUACGGUCAGGGCCAUGAUCCUAACAAUCCGGCUUUCACCACCCCCUACCUCGCCCAGGGAAACUACCCUGCGUACAUGCCCUACCCGGUCUUCCCCUACACUCCUGGCCGUACUGGCAGCAUGCCUGAGCGCACUGAUGCUAGCGCUAAGGACGUUCCGGCUCUGGACAACCGUCGAUCCUCGUACUCGACGCACUCGACCAAUGAGUCUACCCCUGCUACACCCUUCUUCGGUAGCAUGGCUGGACGUGACCAGGCUGCACGUGUUCCUGUCUUCGAUCGCUCGACAUACACCACUCCUUCCCCCCAGCAGCUCAUUGCCGGUGGUGCUAUCCAGCAGCCUAAGGGCUUCUACGCCAUCCCGAUCCCUGUUGAUCGUGACCUUGAGGCACUUCUUCGACAAGAGCCGGCGAUCCCUGGCGCUGUCCCGGCUGUCUUCACUCCGCAGGAGAGCAUGAAGACCCUGGACCAGAGCCUGGUCAACCACAUCCCUGGCAACCGCAACGUCUACAUUCGCGGUCUUCACCCGACUACCGACGAUGAGCUUCUCUUGAAGUAUGCCGAUCGCUUUGGCAAGGUCGAGACCUCCAAGGCUAUCAUUGAUACUGCCACGGGUGCUUGCAAAGGCUUCGGCUUUGCCAAGUUCUUCGAUGUUCGGGACUCCGAGAUGUGCAUUCGAGGCUUCUACCGUCUGGGCUACGAAGUUGGCUUUGCACGAGUGCGCAUCCCUGGGGAUUCUUGCUGCGCUUUUCAUCACCAUGCUGCUCGUGCUAACAUGAACCAGGAGUCUUUCAACUCCCGACUCAAGGCUGAAGGAGAUGAAGAUUCUACCAACCUCUACAUCUCCAACCUCCCUAAGUCCUUGACCGAGGCUGAGCUUGGUGCGAUCUUCCUCGGCUACACGAUCUUGUCCAGCAAGAUUCUCCGCGACUCAAUGGGUAACAGCCGUGGUGUUGGAUUCGCUCGCUUCGAGUCGCGUGAGCUGUGUGACGAGAUCAUCAAGGAGUUCACUAGUGUCAAGCUCGGUGAUGAGGGUCUGCCUAUGCAGAUCCGCUAUGCUGAUACCCCGGCGCAGAAAGAGCUCAAGCGUGUCACCUCUGAGCGCCGCCAGUUCCGAACCAACGAGUACAACGUCGGUGCCUACGGCACUCCCCUUGUUGGCCUGGCUCCCACCAUUUACAGCCAGCCCACCUUUCGACGUGGUGCAAGCGGAGCUGAUGGCUACGGCGCUCGCGGUCCUUCCUUUGGCAACGGUCGUGGUCAUGGACGUGGUGGUAUGGGUGGUGGUAUGGGUGGCAGGAACCCGUAUGAUAACCUGUCCCCUGCCCGUGCUGCCGCGUUCCCUGCCCGAAGCUUCUCUGCUGCCGAACUAAGCAACAUUGCCUCUGGCAAUGCGGCGUCUUCGGAGGAUGGUUCGGCGGAUGAAGGUGUCACAAUUCAUGUGGAAUCUCCCUUGGUUGCAAACGGAAGCACGCAGUCAUCUCCCAUCAAGCAGGAGAAGGACUGA